AUGGGUGCCGUGCCCAAGCCAUGGGUGCCGUGCCCAAGCCAUGGGUGCCGUACCCAAGCCAUGGGUGCCGUGCCCAAGCCAUGGGUGCCGUGCCCAAGCUAUGGGUGCCGUGCCCAAGCCAUGGGUGCCGUGCCCAAGCCAUGGGUGCCGUGCCCAAGCCAUGGGUGCCGUGCCCAAGCCAUGGGUGCCGUGCCCAAGCCAUGGGUGCCGUGCCCAAGCCAUGGGUGCCGUGCCCAAGCCAUGGGUGCCGUGCCCAAGCCAUGGGUGCCGUGCCCAAGCCAUGGGUGCCGUGCCCAAGCCAUGGGUGCCGUGCCCAAGCCACGGGUGCCGUGCCCAAGCCACGGGUGCCGUGCCCAAGCCACGGGUGCCGUGCCCAAGCCACGGGUGCCGUGCCCAAGCCACGGGUGCCGUGCCCAAGCCACGGGUGCCGUGCCCAAGCCACGGGUGCCGUGCCCAAGCCACGGGUGCCGUGCCCAAGCCACGGGUGCCGUGCCCAAGCCACGGGUGCCGUGCCCAAGCCAUGGGUGCCGUGCCCAAGCCAUAGGAUGCCGUGCUCAAGACACAAACCCUGAAUACAGCCUAAAGGCUUGUAUUCAGCCCGAAUACACGCAAGGGGGCGGCGAGUAUUACUGGGAACGAGGGCAAAACUUCCCUCAUUCCCGAUGGUGUAGCGAGGUGUACGGCAGUAAUAGCGAGGUGUACGGCAGUAAUAGCGAGGUGUACGGCAGUAAUAGCGAGGUGUACGGCAGUAAUAGCGAGGUGUACGGCAGUAAUAGCGAGGUGUACGGCAGUAAUAGCGAGGUGUACGGCAGUAAUAGCGAGGUGUACGGCAGUAAUAGCGAGGUGUACGGCAGUAAUAGCGAGGUGUACGGCAGUAAUAGCGAGGUGUACGGCAGUAAUAGCGAGGUGUACGGCAGUAAUAGCGAGGUGUACGGCAGUAAUAGCGAGGUGUACCGCAGUAACAGCGAGGUGUACCGCAGUAACAGCGAGGUGUACCGCAGUAACAGCGAGGUGUACCGCAGUAAUAGCGAGGUGUACGGCAGUAAUAGCGAGGUGUACGGCAGUAAUAGCGAGGUGUACCGCAGUAACAGCGAGGUGUACCGCAGUAACAGCGAGGUGUACCGCAGUAACAGCGAGGUGUACCGCAGUAACAGCGAGGUGUACCGCAGUAUCAGCGAGGUGUACCGCAGUAAUAGCGAGGUGUACCGCAGUAAUAGCGAGGUGUACCGCAGUAAUAGCGAGGUGUACCGCAGUAAUAGCGAGGUGUACCACAGUAAUAGCGAGGUGUACCGCAGUAAUAGCGAGGUGUACCACAAUAACAACCUCUUUCCUCUCCUGACAAGCAAAUCAAACAUUCUGGAUAAGAAGGAAGUGAUUAAUGUGUUUCCUGCAUUAGACACCCAUAACCAUGAGCAAGUAGCAAUAUUUGUAUCCAAUAUUUUAUCAGAUAAAUUAAUAAAAAGCUACUCUGGCCAUGCUUUGUCCUAUCAAUAUUUUCUGUUAAAUUCUCCAAUUUACGAUUAA